ACAAGCAAGGGAGCCGUUUCAAAGGCUUAUCCCGCCUACUACUACUACUAACACUACUUGAAACUUGAAUGAGAGUAAAGUUCGUUCCCUAAUCCCUAUUACCUGUUGGACUCUUAAGAGUUAAUACCAUAACCAAGACAAGUUUACUGAACAAAUAAGUAAUCUGAUUAUCAGCGAGAUGAAUAUUGUCGUCCAUAAUCUUCGUGUUUUCAAACAAGAUUUACGUUCCCUUCAUUCUGCCUUUGUUCAGGCAACACAGCAUUAUCAUGGAAUAGCUGCAUCUAAUGGAAAUCAGCAACAAAUAAUAAAUAAUGAUGGUCCUUUAUCUGGCAUCAGAAUAUUAGAUUUGACAAGAAUUCUGGCUGGCCCAUUUGCUACCAUGAUUUUGGGAGACUUGGGUGCAGAUGUUAUCAAGGUUGAACACCCCACCAAAGGAGAUGAAACUCGGCAUUGGGGACCUCCCUUUGUUGGAACAGAAAGCUGUUACUUUCUGAGUGUGAAUCGUAAUAAAAAGAGCAUUGCAGUAGAUCUUAAAAAACGAGAAGGUAUGUGUAUACUACAAGAUUUGGCAAAAUGUAGUGAUGUUUUAGUAGAAAAUUUUGUCCCUGGUUCCUUAGAUCGGUUGGGUCUAGGUUAUGAUGCUUUGCAAGAAAUAGCCCCACAUUUGAUCUACUGCACUAUAUCAGGGUAUGGCUCAUCUGGUCCUUAUAGAAAGAGACCUGGCUAUGAUGUUAUUGCUGCAUCUUUUGGAGGCCUUCUGGGUGUGACAGGGCCUGAAGAUGGAGAGCCUUGUAAAGUUGGUGUAGCCAUGACAGAUCUUUCUACUGGGUUGUAUGCUCAUGGUGCAAUCAUGGCAGCAUUACUAGAAAGGCAGAGGACUGGCUGUGGCCAGAAAAUUGAUUGUGACUUACUGUCCACACAGUUGUCAUGUAUGGUUAAUUUAGCUUCUAAUUAUUUGAAUGGAGGUAUUGAGGCAAAACGAUGGGGCACUGCACAUGAAAGUAUAGUGCCCUAUCAAGCCUUUCCAACAAAAGAUGGAUAUUUAACAGUUGGUGGUGGUAGCAAUGAUCAGUUUUCUGCUUUGUGUAAGAGAUUAAAUCUUAACCACUUGUUGCAAGAUAACCGAUAUGCCACAAAUGCUCUUAGGGUGAAAAAUCGAAAGUCGCUCGUUGAAACAUUAAAAGAGACAUUCGUACAAAAGUCAACUAAAGAAUGGUUAGAUAUAUUGGAAGGAUGUUCCUUGCCAUAUGGGCCUGUGAAUUCAUUAUCUGAUACAUUUUCUGACCCUCAUGUUGUUCAUGAACAGGUGGUUCAAACAGUAAGUCAUCCUUCAGCUGGAAGUGUAAAACAAGUGGCCCCUGCAGUUAAAUUCAGUGAGUCACAAAAUAAAAUAAGGAGUCCUCCACCUAUACUUGGUCAACACACACGGGAGGUAUUAUCCAGAAUAUUAAAGUACCCAAGUAAAAAAGUUGAAAAGUUAGUUGAAGAGGGUGUGGUAUAUAGCAAUGAGAGUACAGAAACUUGUGUAAAAUCCCUUCCCAAUGUAUAGCAUUUUGCAGUCUUUGUGUUUUAAUCAUAAAAGUUUGUAGUUGUUGGUCUUGUUAAAGUUUAGGUUUAGUGGAAAGUAUAUUUGGAGAUGUGGAGAGGUUUGUUCAUUGAUUUUGUAUUCAAUUCACUCUUUCUCUCAUCAAGAAAAAUUACACUUUUAUAAUAAGAUAAGACUUUUUGAUAUACUACUUAUCAAUUAAUUACAUAGCUGUUAGUUUCUACUUUACGAGGCAGCUCAAAAUUUAAAAAUUGUGGUAGUGCUUGUUUGUUUUGGGUGUAGAGAGUUUGCCCUGUCCAAUACCAGCUAAAGCAAUCAAUUUGUUUAUGCUCUAUGUCCAUGACCAGGGAGGAGGGAGGACUCUGAUCAUGUAAUUAUUUGCUAAGUAUAUAUAAAAUUGUAUAUUAUUAUAAAAAUGUCAUUUUUAUAUAAGUAACUUACCAAAUAAUUACAUAGCUGAAUCCCACAUCGAUAGGAGGUGGGAUACAUGGACAUACGUAGCACUACUCAAAAUACUCAGAAAUGGAAAUGAAUUUAACAUAGCAAGUUAGCUAGCAUUGUGAAACUAUUAUUGUAACCUUUCCUGUUGAGGGAGCCACAGUACAGGCAGUCCCCGGGUUACGACAGGGGUUCCGUUCUUGAGACGCAUCAUAAGCCGAAAAUCGUUGUAAGCUGGAACAUCGUCAAAAAUCCUAAGAAAACCUUACUUUUAAUGCUUUGGGUGUAUUGAAAACUAUGUAAACUGCAUUCUUUUGGAAUUUUUCAUAAAAAAACCUUCAAAUAUUGAUUAUUUUGCAUUUGUGGUGUCAUAUUUCAUCUGCCAGAUGAGCGUUGUAGGCGUCGUAACCCUGGAACAUGCGUCAUAACCCUGGAUCAUGCGUCGUAACCCUAGAAAUAAUGUCUGAUGAAUAUAAUUGAAAAGCGUCAUAACCUCGGAACGUCGUAAGCCGAGACCGUCGUAACCCGGGGACUGCCUGUACUGCCUCUGGUUGAAGCUCCUCUCAACUGGCGUGGAGGUAGAGCCAAGGGUCGCUUCUACUUUACUGGGUUUUUCGCAACAUAGGCGUAAACCUCAGGUUUCCAAAGAUUACAGUCCAAAAAUAUUUAUACAUAUGUACAUAUGCGCAUAUAUAUACGUGUGCCCUUGCCCUGGGUGCAGUACAACAACAUAUAACCAGAUAAAUAACUCUACACCACAUAAAAAAAUUUCCAACUCAGCCAUUAAAAGACAAUGGCUGUAGGGCACUCACGACAUAUAGUGCUCCCAGGCUUCCCAAAAAACUGCAAUCCCCAGUCAAAUAGAGGAGAUAGCAAAAAAGAAAGCAUUACUCCUAUCCUUCAUUACCCAAUACCAUGCCAGCUGCUAAGAAUGGGCCUAGUGUACUACAUUUCUCCUACACUGUUUCUAUAUCGCAAAGGUAAUGCAUAGUGAAACUGACUUUCAUUUCAAAUAUGUGGGUUGCAAGAUCAUGGAGAGAGAAAUAUUCUGCUUGAAGGCCAACGAAGUGGCAACUGCCCUUAUUUCAUGAGCCUUGACUUUACACAUGGGGAGGGUAUCCUCUUGAACUCUCACAUGUGUGUCAGAAAUUACGGUCCUUAAAAGAAGGUUUGGACAUUCUUGGAUAGCCGCCAUGUAGGGUUCUUAACUGAGCACCAGAGAUUCUGUGAGGAACUUCUAAUCCCUUUAAUCCUUUCAUAUUAUAUCUUCAGUGCUUGUGCUGGGCAAAGCACCCUCUCCUGAUCUGCUGGACCCAGGAUAUCAACUAGGGUCUUGAUAACAAAUGAAUGAGGCCAGGAUUUGAAAGGUCAGCCUUUGCUAAGAACCCUAAGACCAGGAAACAUACUGCAUUCCCUUGCCAAAAACCCAUUUCUUAUGAAGGGCCUGCAACUUGCUAAUGCUCUGUGUGACUAAAGCGAUUAAUGAUGAAGUCUUCCUCAUCAAAUUCCAUAGUGAGGAGGAGUCUGAAGGUUCAAAUGGAGGGCCUGAAAGGCAUCUAAGGACCACGUCCAAGUUAAAGGCAAUUGCUGCAGAUUUCUGCUGUUGCAACAUAUCCAACAACUCCAUCAAAUCCCUGAUAUCCUGAUUAGUUGACAGGUUUAAUCCCCUGUGUUUAAAAACAGAACUUAACAUAGCCCUCUAUCCUUUAAUGGUGACUGUAGUCAGUCCUUUUUUAGACCUCAGAAAAAGUAAAAAUUGUGACUUGUGUUACAGUAAUCAUAGAAGAUGAGAUGUUAUGCUCUCGGCACAAUUCUCAAAAGACUGACCACUUUGCCUGGUAGACUGCAGUAGAAGAUCGGUGCCUACAAUUCACAAUUUCUUCUGCAGCUUUUCUUGAAAAUCCUUUCGCUCUGACAAGCUCCCUGACAGUCUAAAGCCUCUCAGAGCAAGAUUGGAUAAACCUUGGUGAUAUCUGUGAAAAUUAGGUAGUCUGAGAUUUCUCUUUUGAGGUAACAUUCUUGGAAAGUCUACCAAGAAGCCAAGAAGAUCAGGGAACCAUUCUUUCUGUGGCCAAAAGGGAACUACUAAAGUCAUUAUUGUGUUGCUGUGGGAUGUGAUCUUCUCCAAAUCUUCCCUCACCAUGCUGAAUAGUGUGAAGGCACAAACAUCUAAGUUGGACCAGUCCUUUGCAUCUGUCGUCCAUGUUUGUGGGUCCGGAGGCGGGGAGUAGAACAGCAGAAGACGAUGGUUUCUUGACGUUGCAAAUAGGUCUCUCAAUGGCUUUCCCCGCUGUUUCCACAGGUCGGUGCACAGCUAUGGAUUCAGGGUCCAUGCUGGUCCGGGUGUCUUGUGCCCACAUCAGAAGUCCUGAGCUGCUUCGUACAACAAAACAAGGAGUGCAUACCUCCUUGGUUCCUGAUGUAUGCCAGUGCGGCAUGCUGUCCGAAUGGACUGCAACUAUCCUGUUGUAAGUUGUGGCUGGGAAGCUCUGAAGAACCAGAUUUAUCACCUUUAAUUCCUUCACAUUUAUGUGCAGAUUCCUUUUGACUGGGGACCACAUCCCAGAAACUUCCAAGUUGUUGACUAGAGCUCCCCAACCCAGAUCUGACAAUUCUGAAUAAAAUGUUAGGUUGGGGUUCAGAGGAUGUGACUUAUCUACUGAGGGUCUGUCUUCUACCAACCACCACUGAAGGUCCUCCUUGAUUUUGGGAGUGAUGGGGAAGAUAAGUGAGUCCAGGAGGUUCUUCCUGCACCAGCUGGCCCUUAGGAAGAACUGUAGCACUCUGUUGUGUAACCUUCCCAGCAGCACAAACUUCUCGAUUGAAGACAGUGUUCCCAGUAGGCUAUUCACGCUUCAGCUGAGCAAGACAGGCGAGACUUGAAUUUUCUAACUUUCUGGGGGCAAAUAUUUCUGAAUCCUUUGGUGUGACAGAAAAACCCGAAAAUUUAGAGAAUUGAUCCUCAUCCCCAAAUAGAGGAUUGAUUGAGUAGGAACUAGUUGAGAUUUCUUGAAAUUGAUCAACAGCCCUAAGUCCUGGGUGAGAUGAAGCAUCAUCUGAAGGUCCCCCAUGCAUUGGGAGUGAAGGAGCCAGUUGUCAAAAUAAAAGACUUAUGUUGGUUCUCAUUAAGUGGAGCCAUUUUGCCAGAGGUGCGAGAACACUGAUAAAUACUUGAGAGGCUGUGGAGAGGCUGAAGCACAGAGCCCAAAAUUGGAACACCCUGUCCUGGAAGAUAAACCUUAAAUACUUCCUUGAUUCUGGGUGUACUGGAACAUGGAAAUAUGCAUCUUGCAUAUCAAUCAUCACCAUUCAGUUUCCCUGAUGGGUGGCUGACAGGAAAGACUGCACUUUAUUGUCUGACUGAAGAAGUCUAGGGUGCUGACGUCCAGGACAGGUCUCCAUCCUGCCGAUGACUUAGGGACGACAAAAAGGUAGUUGUAAAACCCCUCUGUUUUGAGAUCUUCAACCACGUCCACAGCUUGUUUCUCGAGUAGAUCUGAGGUUUCUCGAGACGGGGCUGAAAACCUCUCUGAGCCUAUAGAGUGCUUCCAAGUUGAUGAAAGAGGUCGCUAAUGGAGGUUUCUCCUUGGAAGGCAUCACAUAGCCCUCUUUCAAAACUUCUAGAACCCAAGGUCUUCCAUUUGCUCCAAAAAAGAAGCAGUCUUGCUCCCAAAUGGCCAUGGAGGACAGGGUCCUCACUUGUGUGUGAUGGGUUUGAUGGUAGUCUUCUUGCUAGAUUGUACCAACCUGAGGUUAGUCUGUGGUCGAGGUUGGAAGCUACCUCUGCCCCCUUGAAAGGGAUGUUGUGUCAGAGAGGGGGAGGUCAUCCUUAUAGAGAUGUUGAAACUAAUGGCGUUCUUGCUUGCAAUCUGGUCCUCUUAGUUGACUGUGCCAGUAAGUCUUGAGUUGACUCUUCUGAAGUUUGGCUGUCAUUUUCUCCAGAGUCGCUUGAGGGAAAAGACUCGUCUUGUCCAAAGGGGUGAAAAAGAGGGACGACCUCUAAGAGGAGCUACUCCUGUAGAGGUGAAUGAACACCAUAAAUCCUUCCUUUUAAGGUAGCCUAUUGUAAAAAUGGUUGCAAGCUCCUGGGUGCCGUCUCGUAUCACCUUGUCCGUGCAUGCCACUCCCAACCAAUACGCUGUGAAAUUCUUCUGCAAAGUGGUUCAAUCUUCAGUCUUUUUGGCCAAAGCCCCUACUGUCCAAUCGAGGACACCUUGAAUACCCUGAAGACGUCUUUGAGCAGGUGGUCCAAUUCCAAGGAACUGAACAAUUUUCUAGCCAAGAAAAAUGCUCAGUUAUGUGUCGCAUCAGUGGGACUGGAGAAGUCCCCUUGAGAGGAGGCAGAAACUCCCAAGGAAGGAGCUCCUCCAGAGGAAUAGAACAGUUACGUCUGUCUUAUCAAAUGAGAAGGAAGAGUAAAAAUAACUGCCUUGCCUAAGUCUCUCUUCUCUGCCAGUCAGUAGUUGAUGCGGGUCAAGGCUUUCCUUGGAGGAAAAGGAAAGCACCAUUCAAGGAAGCCUGGAUGUCACUGCAGGUUGAUGCCUCAAGAAAGCAGAACCGGAGAAGACAGGGCUGCUAGAGAUAAGAAAGAUGGAUACCAGAAUAAGAAGAAAUUUAAUAGCGCAGAAUAAUUCGUAGUAAGUUGUUCCCCUUCAAAGGGUUCUUAAUCUGAAGAAAUCGAAGACACAUGGAGGUUUGGGGGCUCCUAUGACACUGAGGCUUCUGAAGAAGUGUCAGUAUAUUAUCCAAUUGCUGUUGAAUUGGCACCAAAGACAGAUCCUCGGAAACAGGAGGAAAGCCUGUUAUGCUAGAAACAGGAAGCUCUACCUUUUGCACCGAAUUCUUGAUGACUGGUGGGCAUGCCUCAGCAGCAGAAUAUAUGAAUAAAGAAUACUACUUGGACACUGGGCGCUCACACACUGAACAAUUGGACACUGCAAACUUCACAGGCACUGAUCGCUUCGUGGACACUAGGUGUUCAGAGACUGGGCACUCAUAACUUGGGCAGUCAUACACUGAACUUUCAAACUUUGGGCACUUAGAUACUGCAAAUUCAUGCAUUGAAUGCUCAGACACUGUCCGUUCAUACACUAGGUGCUUGUACACUGGGAACUCAUGCUCUGGGCGCCCAGACAUUGGGCGUUCGAACACUGGUUGGUCGCUUGUAUUCUGGGAGCUCUGACAUUGGGCACCCAUACAGUGAACUUUCAUACAUCUCCAAUCUGGGAAAUGGUAUCUACAAGGAGAUCAAAUUUACAAUAUACAUGGACUUCUAAGCUGGCAAUAACAUUGGGGUCAGAAAAAUGAAAGCCAGGGAUCAAAGUAACUAGAAAGUAAGUAUAUCUUGGUUGAACCAGACCAUUGAGCUAAUUAACAGCUUUCCUAGGGGUGGCCUGAAGGAUUAGAUUUUUUACAUGGCUAGGAACCAAUUUGGUUACCUAGCAACAGGACCUACAGCUUAUUGCAGGAUCCAAACCAAAUUAUGUUGAGAUCUGAAUAGCUAAUCACCUGAAAUAAAUUCCUCUGAUUCCAUGUUUGCAGAGCAGGGAAACAAACUUUGGACUACCGAUUCGGUAGGUGAGCAUGUUAACCACUUUUCUAACAACGAACAGUAAACAGGAAAAGUCAGUCAACUGGAGAGAUGGGGAAAGGCAGUCACAGAUGUUGAAGGAAUAGGUAAAUCAAGAACUAUUUUGGGAGAAUUACUGUGGCUAAUUGAAGCUUUAGGUUCGGCCCUAGCAGCUGCCUUCCUCAAUUUGUUAUGAUGAAGUUUAUCUAAAUUACCAUUUAAAGUUUUCCAUGUCUCCUUAUCCCAGUCUUUACAAUCCUCACAAUUACUAAUGUCUGGUGAGCAAACGUGCCCUUUACAAGAACAAAUGGAAUGUACAGUGGCCGCAAAGGAAAUGUUGACAAACACUGGAAAAGGUAAUAGAAUAUGGGAUUUCUAGGGUUUACUACAGUAGACCAAAAAAGUGCAAAAACUUGUAUAUAUUUGUUCACAGUUUCAUCCUUGUGCAUGAAAUGGAGUUCAUCACAACCACCUGCACCAUUAAAUGCUCCCCACACCAUGACACUGGAGGGAUGUUUAACAGUUUUCACCAUGAAUUUUGGGUGGUACCACGACACAGUCUUAAGAGUGACAAACAACUUUGGACGUAGCUCUGACAAGUCUGAAGGUUGAUUCAUCAGAAAACAUGACCCAUCUCCACUGCUCACUUGUCCAGGCACAAUAUUUCUUGCAAAAAGCUUUGCAUUUCUUCUUCAUAUUGUCAUUCAACAUGGGUUUCUUAGCAGCACGGUGGCAAGGAAGGCCAAGGUACUUCUGAAGGCAGUAUUGGAUUGUACGAACAGCAACAUUUUUCAGCAGAGUGGGCAUCUUUUUCCUUAAGGCAGCAGCUAUAAUUGAUGGAUCAUUCAUAACUUCAUGUUUCGAGUGCUUGUCUGUAUAUGGGAAGUCUUCCUGAUCCCCCCAGGCCAGGUUUCCUCUUCAGUACCUCUCCUGGCUGUAGUUCCACAGAAGAAUUCUUCAGGACGUAAAUGGCCUGUCUUGAAGUCCCAAUAUCUCGCGCCACAUGAAAUACUGACGCUCCCUGCUCAAGGAGUGUCAAGGCACGAGUUUUUUCUUCAUCAGUAUGCUUCUUUCGCCCCAUAUUAGUAGUUGGCAUCACUGCUACAGCACUCUAAAAAUGGACAAAAAGUAGGGACAGAAGGGGCGAUGAAGCGGUCUGACAUACAACCUUCUCUCAUCCAUAACCGAGUCGGCACUGAGUCUGUCUGGGCUUUAGGUCGCUUUUGAGGGUGUUUCGAACUGUCAGACAUAUCAGCAAACCCCACCACCCAGUAGCCUGACCAGGGCAACCAAAAUGUUUACAUGCAUUUUUUACUGUUAACAUUUCCAUUGCACUUUUGUUAUCAACAUUUUCUUUGUGCCCACUGUAUUCAUUCAGCCAGCAUGAGUCUGGUCUCAUAUCCUUUUCUGCAAUAUCUAAUACUAGACAAGCUAGUGUCUUAACAUAAUGAGUCAAAAUUACAGUAAGAAAAGUCCCAAAUACUAUUAGCUAAGCUAAAUAAGAUUAUCGUACUACCAAAAAUGACAGAGUACUUCACCAAAUGAAGAGAAAAUCAAAACAUAGUGAAAAACAAAUCCAGAGAGCUGCUCAAUAACCUGCGUAGUCAUUGACCGGCAGAAACAAAUUAAGGGAUUUAGCUAUGGUGUACCUGUUUUUCCUUAGUAGUGGGUAGGGCAAACUGUCUACACCCAAAACAAAAGAGCAAUACUGUGAUUUUAAAAUUUUUAGAUGCUGUGUAAAGUAGAAACUAAUAGCUAUGUACUUAUUUGGUAAGUUACUUUUAUAAAACUGUCGUGCAAGGUUAGGACUCUUCAAGAAGCUUGGGUAUGUAACUUCCUCUUUUACAGGUAAGAUUUUUUAAUUAGAUUUGAUGAAAAAGUUUCAUUACGAUGUAUAUACUCUACUAUUUACUUUUGCAUACAGUUUCUGUUUUAAUUGAUAUUUUACAUGUAGGUUUGUCACUAUUUUCUGGAAUAUGUAGAUUGCUGGAAGUUACCAUUGUAAUUUAAAAGGAGUCUCUGGUUAGACAUUUACGUAAAUUUGUGUUAGAAGUUUGAAAUAUGGAAAGAGUCUAUUGUAAAUGGGGGUAAUUAUAAAGAAUUUGUAAAAUCUUUGGUUUGAUAUCAUUGUACUAUUUUACAUGAUCUUAUGGGUUUGUUGACAAGAUGUAUCAAAGUGCCUUUAUGCUGCAGUAAGUAUAUGUUGUAAAAGCCCAUAAUGCAUAGCUGUGCAGGAAAGAUUGUUAGUCUGCCAGUGUGUACUUUCAAUCUUUGAUUUUAUUAUUAUUAUUUGAUGAUGAUGAUGAUUAUUAUUAUUUUAUAAGAACUUUGACAAAAGGUGAAACAAUGGGUCCAAAUUCUGUAGAUUCGGCAGAUAACUGUAACUGUGCUCGUAAAUUUUGAGAUAACCUAUGGAGAUUUUAUGUAUGGCAUACAUACUCAAUUAAUGAAGUCUUUUCAGAUGUUGUGUCAGUUAGUAACCUCUUCAGCAUUACCUAAUUUGGAGUGUUGUUAGGGAGAAGUAGAUUGGCAGUUGCUAGGGUACAUGCAUUUUUUCAAUAAUGGUCUCAGAACACUUGUCAGUCAUGAGGGUUGCCUUAAAGAAAGUAGACUUGAGGAUGGAGUUUCAAAUAAUUUGUUCAUACUUGGCUAUUCUGUAUUAUUGUGAUUUUUGUGCUACAGAUGUUACUUAUGUUGAUCGAAUAGGUAUAAGGAAUGUGUUUGUAACUACCGAGAUAAUAUUUUGUUUACAAGCGCUGAACAAUGAAGUAGCAGUCAUGAAUGAAUAGAAUUAAGAAGCUGUUGCCAAGCUUUUUCUUGUAACGUUUGUGUUAUAAAAUAGAUGUAUACGUAUACUGUACAGUGGUUAUUGAAUAUAUAUGCACACACACAAGAGAAUGUUUGUAGGAAACCAAAGAGAUCUGUUAGAUCAAAGUAUGGAAUUGAAAAUAUAAAGUGAAUAUUGUAUAUUAAGUAGUUUUAUCUAAUGAAAAAACAUUACCCUAUUUGAAGUUUAUUCAUGUGUUAUGUAACUGUGACAUACUGUUUUAAUACCGCAAAGCAUCUACGUACAAUUAUUAAAGUAAUGAUAACUUUUUUGUGAUGAAUACAAUCAAAAUCUUGUUCGCCUGAGAAAUGGUAAGAUGUUGGCUUAAAAAGGAUAAUUAGAGUAUGAUUAAGAGAUUAUAAAGAUUGGGAAACAUUAUGGAUUCAUGUGAGGAAGAGGGACAGUGGAUGCCAUCUUCAUAGUAAGUUAGCUACAGAAAAAGAGGCUAGAGGGAAACCAGGAACUCUGUUGUGCAUUUAUAGACCUGGAGAAAGCAUAUGAUAGAAUCCCAAGAGAAGUGAUGUUAUGGUAUUUGAGGAAGAGGAAAGUCUCAGAAAAGUUGCUGAGGCUGGGUGAGAUAAUAUAUCAAAGAACGAGUACAAAAGUAAUAACAGCAGUUGGGGAGACAGGAAACUUUGAAGUUAGUGUUGGAUUACACCAGCGGUCAGCAUUAAGCCCAUUUUUGUUUGUGCUGGUCAUGGAUGUGUUCAGUGAAGAGAUCAGGAAUGAAUAGCUGUGGGAGUUGUUGAAUGCCGAUGGUCUGGUGAUUACUGCCAAAAAUGAAGAAGACCUACAGAGAAGGGUUGGAGAGUGGCAGGAGUCUGUAGAGAGGGGUGGCUUAAAGAUGAAUGUGAAUGAGAGGUUUUGGUGAGCAGUAGAGGAGAUAGAGGCAGGAUAGUAAUGUGAGAAAGAAGAGGCACGAUUAUAAAACAGGUGGAAAAGUUUAAAUACUUAGGAUCUACUUUAAGCCAAGAAGGAGGAUGUGAGGCUGAAGUUGACAGUAGGAUAAAAGCAGCACGGGGAAGUGGAUAGAGGUAGCUGGAGUAGUAUAUGAUAAUAAAAUGCCAGUCAAGCUAAAAGUCAAGAUCUAUAGCACAGUGAUAAGACUAAUGUUAAUGUAUGGAUCGGAAACAUGGGCUUUAAGAAGAAAAGAGGAAGUGAAGCUUAACCUUUAAACGCCGAAUGGACGUAUUAAACGUCGAGUCAAAAUGUCUCCCGUAUGCCGAAUGGACGUACCAUACGUCGACUCAAAAAUUUUUUUUUUAAAAUUCGCGGAAAAAUACUUAUAGGCCUACCAGCCGAAAACUUUUGAAUCACGCGCCUUGGGGGAUGCUGGGAGUUCACAGAUCGAGGUGUUGUUUUGUUUACAAUCGUUAAGCAGGCGCGCAAGGGCAAAUUUCUUUCUUACCGCUCUAAAAAGUAUCUGUGACACAUCUCGGAAAUUAUUUCGUCACUUUGACAUAAUUUUUGUACCAUUUUAAAUUAGCCGUUACAUGGAGUAUUAUAUAUGAUAAUGUGCGCAUUUUUAUGUAGAAUGCAACAAAAAAUACUCAUGAUUGUAGCUUUUAUCAGUUUUGAGAUAUUUUUAUAUAGAUAACGAUAAGUGCCAAAAUUUCAACCUUCGGUCAACUUUGACUCUACUGAAAUGGUAAAAAAUUGCAAUUGUAAGCUAAAACUCUUAUAUUUUAGUAAUAUUCAGUCAUUUACCUUAAUUUUGCAACUAAUUGAAAGUCUCUAGCACAAUAUUUCGAUCAUACAUGCGAUUGUAGUAAUGUUUGCACCAUUUUAAUAUUAGCCUUUACAUAAAUUUUUAUAUAUGGAAGUGUGCGCAAUUUCAUGCACAAUACAACUAAAAACAACCCAUGGUUGUAGCUUUUAUCAAUUUUGAAAUAUUUUCAUAUAAAAAAAUGAUAAGUGACAAAUUUUCAACCUUCGGUCAACUUUGACUCU